CAGGAGGUAUUCCAUGUGAACACCAAAGGAACUCUCUUGUUUCAGGACUGGAGAUAUACUUCCAUAUCAGGUCAGUACGAAACUCUUUUACAUUAGAAUUACCGGUAGUAUUGCGGUAGUAUUAGUAGUAUUAUACUAGUUCUGACAUACUACCUCUUACACUGGAACCUCUCCUUUGCGACACUUCUAUUCAAGGGACACCUCCAUUCAUUUGGUCCCAGAAAAAGGUUUACACAAUUCAGUGGUAUUUUUUACCUCUAUUGAAGGAACACCAGCUCUACUCAGGGGAAGGGGACACCUUUUCUGGACUCGAAACGUUGGUUUAACCUCCAUUCAGCCGACACCUUAGCAAUCAAAAAGAGACUGACCACAAAAAUCGUCGAUAAGUUUAAGUGCUCACUAGUCACAAUGGCAACAGCUUUCAAAACAUGCAUUAACUGAAUUAACUGAAUGUACUGCACUUGGGGUGACUUACCACACAACAUCGCCGAGAUAGGUUAAUCCAGGAGUCUAUGAUAGGCUCCUGGUUAAUCAUGAUUUUUUAUACAUUAUCUAGCUGCUUGAAAUAAUGACUGCAGCAGAUUCCCUAGCCUGCGAGAGCAGAUGUCUUUUUCCGCUCUAAAAAUGAUAUUUUAUUUGUUGGUUAAUUAUUAACAUUCCCAGCCCAAGCUCCAUUCAGGGGACACUUCCCUUGGUCCCGAGGGUGUCUUCUGAAUAGCGCGUUAGAGGUUCCACCGUAUCAAAUUUCUCGUAAGCAGAGUUAACCUAGCCUGCGAAAACAUCCGUUUCUCCUCGCUCUUCGCCGUUGGGGACGUGUCCCUCAGCGGCGAUGAGCGAGGAGAAACGUCUGCCGUUCGCAGGCUAAGUUAACCAUACUAGAAGCCUAUGGUUAGAAGCUAUACCUCUCUAAUUGAUUCUUAUUAUUUCUUGGUUUCAGCCCUUGUUGGAGUCUGUUUAGCAACUUUUUUAUUUACUGCAUUAUAUGAGGGAGUUAAAAUAUUUAGAAUAUGGCUAGAGUCCAGACCUCUGAGACUGCUGAUGCGAGACCUAACACAAUCGACACCUACAAAUGAAGAUGACGAUACUCAAAGUGCAUUCAACUCCAAGGGGAGUCUGCAGCAACGUAUAAUUAGAUUUCCCAGACAGAGGUAAAUCCGGCUGAAAAGUGUGCAUUUGGCGCCUAUGAAAAUAUAGCCUGGUACCAGGCUCGGUAGUGGGAGGAAAGGCACCCAAAAAAGGGUGGGACAGCGAAGCGAACCUAGUGGUGGGAUGAAGAGGGAAAAAGGUCGCCACCCUUUCCCCUCCCCAGACUACCGCUUGGCACGCUUAGCUCGCCAAAUUUUUGUUUGUUCGGCCCAAUUUUUUUCUGCUUUUCCCCACUACGCAGCCUGGCCUCAGACAAAUUAUAAAAACGUUAUUUAGCUAAACGUUAAACAUGGGCGAGUUAAACCUGGGAGUUUCAGGCGAGAUGGAAAACCUUCGUUACAGUUUUAUCCUCUUGUCUCUGUUUUGCCGGCUGUAAAUGACUGAAAUAAUGCUUGCGCACCAAACUCGGCACUGGCUUGUGAGUGAAUAAGUGAAUCACGAGAAGAUCAACCUCGUUUCCAGGGAUUUUCCUCGAAAAUUAAGAGGCUUAAAUGUGAUCAGAGUCAUGUGCCGUUGGGUUGCUAAUCCUGAGAGGAGGGGAAGUCAAUGAAUAUUUCCGUCAGCUUUAAAUUUGGAAAAGGAGAUGAUUACUGAAAUGUAAACUUACGCGAGGUAAAUAUGGGGAAUGUGUGCUAGUCUUUGGCUUUGACAAAUGUGGAGUCGUUCGCGUCGCUUGUCAGUUGCGCAGAUGGUUUGUUUGCGCUUCUCUCGGGGCGUAAACAAACUAACUACGCGAUCGACAAGCGAGUCGAACGACUUCGUAAAUGCUAACAGCCCAGCCAUGCCGGAAAAGAAGCCUCUGUACUCUGGGGAGCAGCAAGCAACCUCCACACUAGACCCAUGUCACUCUGUUUUCACGGGGCGGUUGAUUUUUAGAAGACACAUUUUAGAACACUUUUUUGCCAGGAAAAUGGAAGCUCCGUUCCGUCUGUGAGCGCAUUGGUAGAAAGGAAAACUAAAGAUCUAAGUCAUGAUCAUCAGGGAAGGUAAUUUUAAAAAAAAAUACCAUUUUUAGAUCUGCAGGUUUCUCUGACUCGUUCUAAGAAACUGGUCUGUGAAAUCGACGUGACACGAGUAAAAGUUGAAAGUUCCUAACUCUGGGUUAUGAGCUCCAGGUUGUAAUCAACUCUGUUUAUACUUGUUUCAGCGGAAAGUGGAGAAGUGACAUUCACCUGUUACAGACGUUUUUACAUGUGCUGCAGGUGUUUGUUGGAUACGUACUGAUGCUCAUAGUGAUGACGUAUAACACGUGGCUUGGCGUCGCAGUGAUCGCUGGGGCAGGAACUGGAUACAUGGUUUUUUCAGCGAUUUUCCCAGAUAAUUUGCGAUUCCAAAGAAGAAUCGAAAAAGGUUUCCAAUUAGGGGAAAUUUCAUCUGAAAAUGACUCUAGGUUAAUUGAUAAUUAA